AUGGCGGACCUGAAUGUCUUGAGUGAGCUCAAGAACCAGCGACAGCCAGUCCGUCGCAAUAAUGACAAGACCUACAGCAAGAAAAAGGCCCCGUCGGCGGAGAGACGUGCGAUGCAUUUCGAUCUCUUUGGCGGCGGAGGCAGGAAUGAAAAUGAGAACGACGACAUGGUUGACAAGAUGGAGAAACUGACACUUUACCACGAUGUUGUUAGAGAGAAGGCACCUGUGCAGCAGCCUUUACCUGAACCAACUCCCCUUCUCGAGCACAGACCAGUUGAGGUACAUCACCACCGGCCUCGGGGACGUGGAAAAGGCGCUUCGUCCAAGAAAAUGGCAAACCUCACGUGGCUAGAACUUCAGGAACUCGAACCACUGCUCUCACUCGUGGAACAGAAAGGAGUCAAAGACUUCCAGGAGUUCGGUCGCAGCAUCGGCAAGAAGUACCUAUGCACAAAGCUUGGUGAAGGAUCAUAUGCCGACGUCUUCAAGCUUGAGGCAAAAGAUAUCGCAGAUGUCGAGGAUCUGGAGCAACGAGGCGGUCUCAUCAUCAAGAUCAUUCCUUUCAAAAUGACCAAAGAGGGCAAAAGCGAUUUCACCGACCUGGACUCAGUCAUCCGAGAAGUCUUACUGAUGCAAUCAGUCGAUGCUCUGCACGGAUUUGUUCGCUGUCGCGGUAUCCACAUAGUCAGCGGCAAGUAUCCGGACGUCCUCCUUGAAGCAUUCGACGCAUUCAAAGCAACACGACCAGUUUCAGCACACCAUACCAGCCCGUUGAAGGAAUUUUCUCCACACCAGCUCUUUGCCAUUAUGGAGAUGAACAAUGCCGGAAAGCCCAUCUAUCACCUCCGACACUUGUCAGCUUUUCAGGUGUAUGACAUCUUCUGGAAGACUGCGAUGAGCCUCGCUCUUGCAGAGAAACAAAUCGAAUUCGAACACCGCGACAUGCAUAAUGGCAACAUCUGCGUUAAACCUCUGACCAAAGACGGCCGACUCGACGCGUCACAGAAGGUCAUUGAAGAGAUGAACGAGAAGCCAGAAGUUGUCCUCGGAAUGUCAAAUCUGCAAGUCACCAUCAUCGACUAUACCCUGUCACGCGCCAAAAUCAAUGACGGGACUGAAAACGGCAGCAUCGUCUUUGACCCAAUGCUAUUCUGGGAAAUAGAGACAUACAAUCCGCAGACCGACGCAGAGAAGCGACAAUGGUAUACGUACCGCCGCGUCCGAGAAUAUGCGAGGGUUGUUGAGGCCGAGGCGGAGGAAAAGGCCAAACUUGAAGGACUUAAAUACGAGGCAAAGAACAAGUACGAGAGGUUCACACCAAAGUCCAACUUGUUCUGGCUCGGAUACCUGCUGGCGGACAUGCUGGCCAAAAGACCAAGUGGCAGGGGCGCCAUCCUGCCAGGCAGUAGCACGGCAGCAAAGAACCUGCAGGUGGGCCUGUGGGCGAAGUUGAUUGAGGUGUCGGCCUGGCUCAAUCAAGAGACGUCGACGUUGUUGCCGGAAGGGGCCGACGGCCUCAUCGCGCAGGCGAUGGAGAAGGGAUGGCUGGCGCCAGCUGACAUGGCGGCCUACAAAGCCCAGAUGGAAGAAUAG